UGGGAAUUUGGGAGUGGGUAAGAAAGUCCUGUAAGAUUACUGUAAGGUCCCUACUCUCGGGACCGAACCAACUUCCGAGCCGUGCGGGCACCAGCACGAGGGCAAAAUUUCACGAAUCCUUCCAUCCAAAUAGGACUAAACGAAGCCAACACAACCCUUGCUUUGAUACCGAGUCAUUAUUAUUGUGUCAAAAUUGGACUGCGUGCAAUCUUUCUGCGAUGGCGCCUAUCCCUCUCGCGGAAUUCAAGCACCCGCCAACCCUGAAGCCAGAGCUGGAGUCAAUAAUACUCGCUCGCCGAAAGGCGCAGCGGCGUAAGUAGGUAGUUCCUUUUUCAUUUUCAUAUAUUACUUACGUGUUACCCUCCCAUGACUUCGAUUUCCAGUUCAAGUAAAUUCUUUAUGUUCUCAAAUACCCCCUCUUCUUGUAUUAUCACCAUAUUGUAAUUUAAUUUUUCAGUCCUUCCGGACGUCACCUCAUCAUGUCCGAUUCAACCAAAGCAUCCGAAAUUUCGACCGAAAACGAUAUGGAAAAGGGAGUUACUACACCACCUGGAAGCAAAGAAGAGGCAGUCGUGUACCCAACCUUCAAGAAGCUGAUCUUGAUCAUGACUGCGCUCUAUCUUUGUAUGUUUCUGGUAGCUCUCGAUCGUACUAUCAUAGGAACUGCAAUUCCCAAAAUCACCGACGACUUUCACAGUGUUGACGACAUUGGAUGGUAUGCUUCGGCGUACCUAAUUUGUAUGUGUUCGUUCCAGCUCAUUUUCGGAAGAAUAUAUACCUACUAUUCCCCCAAAUGGGUUCUGCUUUGGUCCAUUCUGCUUUUUGAAAUCGGAAGUGCGGUUUGUGGCGCUGCCCCAAACUCCGUCGCCUUUGUUAUUGGGCGUGCGAUUUGUACGUCAUCCCGUCCGUAAACAACAAGAUUACUUAGCUGACAUUUUCUAGCCGGGCUUGGAUCUUCUGGGAUAUUUAGUGGUGUAAUUAUCACUAUGGUGGUCUCGGUGCCUCUGAAUAAGCGACCUUUGUAUCAGGGGGUUUUUGGUGCUGUAUUUGGUGUUGCAUCAGUCCUUGGUCCACUUGUAGGAGGAGCAUUCACGACGAACGUCUCGUGGAGAUGGUGUUUUUACAUCAAUCUUCCCAUCGGAGCUGUGGUGGUCACCAUCAUUCUCUUCAUCUUGCAGGCACCUCCAAGCAAAAACACGGAUUGUCUUUUUGUAAGAGUGCAGAAGCUCGAUCCUUUGGGCACCCUCGUCUUCUUGCCAUCUAUCCUGUGUCUUCUUUUGGCCUUGCAAUGGGGUGGAGCAACCUACCCUUGGUCCAACUGGCGUAUCAUUCUGCUAUUUGUCCUAGGGGGCAUUCUGUUUUCCGUCUUCGUCCUCAUUCAAUUCAAAAGUGGUGAUAACGCGACAGUUCCAAUACGCAUCAUCAAACAACGCAGUGUUUUGGCGGCCGUCUACUUCACUAUGGUUUCGCCAGGUGCUAUGAUGGUCGUAAUUUACUUUCUCCCUCUGUGGUUCCAAGCUAUCAAGGGAGCUACAGCUGUUAGAUCUGGAAUCGAUACUCUUCCGUUGGUCUUGUCACUGGUUGCUGCCAGUAUCAUUGCUGGAGCCCUUACCCAGAAGACGGGAUAUUAUGUUGGUCAACUUCUCGCAAGCAGCGUUUUGGCAGCGAUAGUAAGUUUCCUGUCAUGUAUUUGAUUCCAACUGCCCCAUGCUAACAAUUAUACUAGGGCAUUGGUCUUAUCACUACAUUAACACCAGAAAGUACCUCUGCCCAAUGGAUCGGCUACCAAUUUCUCUUCGGUUUUGGACUAGGACUUGGAAUGCAACAACCUAAUUUGGCCGUUCAAACAUCUCUCAAUAACAAAGACGUCAUGACCGGUGUAUCUCUCAUAUUUUUCGGGCAGGGCUUCGGUGGAGCAAUAUGGGUGUCCGUUGCGCAAACGAUUUUCAAUCAUGGUCUUGUUGCAAACUUCAGCAAGUUCUCAAAUGUCAACGCUGCUAAAAUCAUCAACACUGGCGCGACCGAGCUUCGCAAUGUCGUACCUCCUGAUAUGCUACCGCAGGCUCUAAAUGCUUAUAAUGGAGCUCUCAUGAAUACGCUAAAGUUGGCGGUUGGAUUGUCGAGUGCGGGUAUAUUGGGGGGUGUAUUCAUGGAAUGGAAGAGUCUGAAGAAUAAAUCCGAGGGUGGUUUGAGUGAAAGUGAGAAGGAAAAGGGGGCUUCGACGGAUAUUGCGAGUGGAACAAGUGUAGAAAGUGAGCCUGUCAUGUCCGGCAAGGCAACUUGAGUAUAGCUUGGUUAUUUGUGCUUCUUCACGCAUAGCGAUUGACUUCUGGGCAAUAAAAAUAUGAGUGUUCUGUUAUUAAUGUAAUAUAUAGAUUGAUACCCCCCCUCUAUAAA